AUGACAUCGACUGACACAUAUCAGUUAAAAUGGCAUUCUCACAGCUCCCAUUUAAAUGGUUCCGUAGCAUCGUUGCUACGCUCGGAGCGAUUUACGGAUGUGGUCCUUUGCACCAUGGAUGGGUCUCAGAUACCAGCCCACAAAUUCAUCCUCAGUUCAUGCAGCGUCUACUUCAGCGGUCUUUUCGAAGGACAACGUUCUGUAACGCGUAUGGGGGGAAUACUGUACGUAGUACUGCCGUCGGAGAUAUCCACUAAAGCCUUGAAGAUUCUCGUAGAGUACAUGUACAAAGGUGAAACCACAGUCUCUAAUGAAGUGUUAGACAUAGUAUUAAAAGCAGGAGAAGUGCUCAAAAUUAGGGGAUUAUGGCGUCAGACAGAUGAGAUUGGGGGUGAUUCUACACCUGCUGAGAAGACCACUACAAUCCCAUCAUCUGCUAAGCAAACAGAGAAAACAAAAGAAGUUACCAAAAUAGCUUUAAAAAAAGAUGAAAAAAUUCUCAAAACAUUUAAUCCAAUUCAGGGCCAGGGUGGGAGACCAAUGUUUAUUGGCCCUCCAAAGUUGGUUUUCAUCAAAACAAGUGAUGGUACUACUCAAGCUGCUAUAAGACCUGCUGUACCAGGAACCAAAGGUCAGACUAUACUUGUGACCCCUGCUCCAGCUAACACGGAAACCACUACAUCCACUAUCACAAUGCCCACACCAACUAUCAGCUUGGCUUUAGAUGAUGCAGAAGAAGGAAUUCCAGCUAGGGUUGUAAAAAGAAAUGUUGUAGAAAAGAAAUAUGGGAAGAAACAAAAGGUGGAGACUUCGGAAGCAGUUAAAGAUGAUGAUGCCGGCUCCGUUAGUUCAAAGAAAUCAAGUCAAAGUAAUUCAGCUGUGGAAGUCCAUGUGAAAGAAGAGCCAGAAUGGGAUGCAAGCAGCAUUGAGGAAGAAGAGAGAUCCAUCGCAGAGAUGUUCCAAGCCGAGAUGAGUGUCAAGUCGGAGCCAUGUGAUGAUGUAGAAGUUGAAGAAGAGGGACUGCUCUACAGUCCAUUGUCAUGUGAGCUAUGCGCUGAAGUGUUCUCGGUGCCGGCUGCAUGGGUCAGGCAUGUGCAGCAUCAUGCGGACCAAGAUGAUCAUCAUGCUCGGAAGAGAAAACGGAGAUCAGAUAGCGACGACACAGAAGAAACGACAGCUUUACUCCGCUGUGACCUUUGUCAGAAACAUUUCCCGAACCCAGCGGAAUGGGUGAGACACGUACAAAGCUCGCACACGGAGACAGAAUUGGCCUUAUCAAACAACAGUGAACCACCAAAACGUCACAAUCGUUUCACAGACGGCGAGCAAAGCAAGAAAUGCGAACAAUGCAACAAGAACUUCCCGUCGCAUGCCUCCAUGCUCAUACACUUGCGCACGCACACGGGCGAACGCCCAUUCGUAUGCGGGCUCUGCAACAAAGGCUUCAACGUGAAGUCCAACCUGUUGCGCCACCUGCGUACGUUACACGACCAAGUGGUGAGCCCCACUGAGCUCGAUGAAGCUGGACCUUCGGAGCUGAAGAAGGAAACCUGA